UUUUACGGCGCCAGAAAAGAAGCCUGUGGAAAGAGAUUGAGUUGUCGGAGGGGGCAGAAGCGGAAUAUAUAACUUAUAAAUCAGAUCAGUGGUGGACAUAAUACGCGGAUAAUUCGUGGAGGGAGAGGAAGAGAAGUGUACACCGGAAUUCGAGAGCAUCAGUGCAGCCAUGGCUUCACACAACCUGAGCGGAGUUAAACGGGAUGAAAAGGGGAGAAACAUCCAGGUGGUCGUCAGAUGCAGGCCCUUCAACACGAUGGAGCGCAAGUCGUCCUACGGGGUCAUCGACUGCGAGCCAAACAGGAAGGAGGUGAUGGUGAAGACGGGAGGGAUGAACGACAAGGCGUCACGAAAGACUUACACAUUCGACAUGGUUUUUGGUCCGGCUGCCAAGCAGAUUGAAGUGUACAGGAGUGUCGUUUGCCCCAUUCUGGAUGAAGUCAUCAUGGGAUACAACUGCACCGUGUUUGCCUACGGUCAGACUGGAACAGGAAAGACGUUCACCAUGGAGGGGGAGAGGAGUCCAAACGAGCAGUUCACCUGGGAGGAGGACCCUCUGGCCGGUAUCAUCCCCAGAACGCUGCACCAGAUCUUUGAGAAGCUCUCUGAGAACGGCACCGAGUUCUCAGUCAAAGUCUCCCUGCUGGAGAUUUACAACGAGGAGCUGUUCGACCUGCUCAGCCCCAGCGAGGACGUCAACGAGCGGCUGCAGCUCUUCGACGACCCGCGCAACAAGCGAGGCGUGGUGGUGAAGGGUCUGGAGGAGGUGACGGUUCACAACAAAGAUGAAGUCUAUCAGAUCCUGGAGAGAGGAGCGGCCAAGAGGAGGACGGCCUCCACGCUCAUGAACGCCUACUCCAGUCGCUCCCACUCGGUGUUCUCGGUCACCAUUCACAUGAAGGAGAUCACUCUGGAUGGAGAGGAGCUGGUGAAGAUCGGCAAACUCAAUCUGGUGGAUCUCGCCGGCAGCGAGAACAUCGGCCGCUCGGGCGCGGUGGACAAGAGAGCUCGCGAGGCGGGAAACAUCAACCAAUCCCUGCUGACGCUGGGCAGAGUGAUCACCGCCCUGGUGGAGAAAAGGCCUCACGUCCCGUACAGAGAGUCUAAGCUGACCAGAAUCCUGCAGGACUCGCUGGGGGGACGAACGAAAACCUCCAUCAUCGCCACCGUGUCGCCUUCCUCCAGCAACCUGGAGGAGACCCUGAGCACGCUGGAGUACGCCAGCAGAGCCAAGAACAUCAUGAACAAACCCGAGGUCAACCAGAAACUCACCAAGAGGACGCUCAUCAAGGAAUACACGGAGGAGAUCGAGCGUCUGAAGCGUGACCUGGCCGCCACUCGAGACAAGAACGGAGUUUAUCUGUCGGCAGAAAACUAUGAGAGCAUGAUGGGUCAGAUCGCCGCCCACGAGGAGCACACGGUGGAGUACACCGACAGGAUCGCUGCCAUGGAGGAGGAGCUCAAGAAGGUGACCGAGCUGUUCACGGACAGUAAAACCAGACUGGAGCAGUGUACCGUAGACCUGGACGAGAAGCAGCAGAGGCUGGAGGAGACCUGCCAGGACCUGCAGCAGACCAAAGAGAAGCUGAGUCAGGAGGAGUUCGUCUGCUCGGAGCUCAGCUCAGCCCAGGAGAGCCUGUACAGCACAGCAGGACAGCUGCUGAGCACUGUGGAUGUGAGCACCGCUGACGUGUCGGGUCUCCACGACAAGCUGGACAGGAAGAAAAAGGUGGAGCAGCACAACAGGCAGAUCCAGCAGAGCUUUGCUCAGCGGAUGGAUGGAGCGUUCAGCACCAUGCAGCGCCGCCUUCAGCAGCAGGAGAGCAAACAGCACGACAUGCUGAGCAGCUACUCACAGGCCAUCGACGGUUUGCUCGUGAUGAAUCAGGUGGCGCUGAAGGGGGCUCUAACCACCAUGGAGUCCUUCGCCGGUGGAGUCGGGAAGCUGGUGGCCGAGGGCGUCGGCCGCUGUCGGGACAAAGUGCAGCAGCAGGAGGCGCUGUGUGCGCAGGACAAGGAGAGCCUGAUGCAGCUGCUGGAGGAGCAUCGGCAGGACAUGGAGGACGUCCUGGUGUCUCGGACUCUGAUGGGGCUGUCGGCUGUCCAGCAGCUCAAAGACGGCCUGAGAGCCACAGUGGAGACGCAGCGAGCUCUGGCGGACAAGGUGGAGGCGAUGAAGGAGGUGGGAGCGUUCUUCAACGGCUUGGUUCAGCAGCUGGCCGGGCUGCGACUGGCCGCCGUGGAGGGUCUGAGCUCACUGCAGGCUGAGCAUGACAAGCUGGAGGACGAGGUCAGACAGGCGCAGGAGAGGCACCAGACGGGUAUGAAGCAGACCAUCCAGUGCCUGCAGAACCAGCUCAACCUGCUCACCAUGGAGGCCCAGAGGGACUACACUGAUCUGCGCUCUGCCUCCAAAUCCCUGCAGAAACCUCUACAGAUCCUGCAGGAGAACCUCAGCAGCGGUUGCUGCGCAGUGGAGCAUCAGGCCUCGGCCCAGGCGGACCUCCUCUCCUCCACUUCCUCCUCUUUGGCCUCCUCCCUGCGUCUGUCGGCCGACGAGAGCCAGCAGGCGCUGGAGGAGAUGACGGGCUGCUGCUCCCACAUCCACAGCUCCGUGUCGGGUCUGGUCGAACGUGACUUCCAGUGGAGCUCCAGAGUCAAGGAGCAGGCCGAGACUCAAGCCCGGGAACAUCUAUCCUUGAUGGGGCUUAUUUCCGCUGAAGUGGAGACGCUCCAUCAGAACGUCGAGACGCGAUGCACUGAACAGCUCCGCACGGCCGAGGAGGAGCUGUCCGGUCGGCAGGAGGAGGUGGAGGGGGCUCUGAUGGGCGUGCAGAACCAGACCUCCCUGGACAGGACUGUCCUGGACCAGAACUUGGCUGAGCUCCAGGACCACAUGGAGAAUAGCCAACAGCUGGUCCACAACUUCCUGCAGGAAGAGCUGCAGCAGGACGUUCCCACCGGUGCAACCCCUCAGCGUCGGGAGUUCGUGUAUCCGAGGCAGCUGAUGAAGUCGCGGAGCCGCUGCGAGCUGCUGGAGAGCCUGAGGAGGCAGCAGGAGGAGCUGCAUGCUGCCCUGGAGGAGGAGGAGGAGCUGGAGGAGGAGGACAGACACAGCCAGGUUGACCUCGACUCUCAGGAGGACGAGCUGAGUACUUGUAACGAAAGCGUGGCCACAGAACCUUCCUUCAUCGACGAGAACCUCGUCUUCAACGAGAGCAACCGCCUUCCCUUCUUCAAGCAAAAGAAGGGGGGCAAGAAGGAGACGAAGAUCCCUUCCAGGUCAAAAGCGCCAGAAAGCGAAGUUGCACCAUCGCCUCAGAAAUCCAGACUGCCCCUCCGCUGCCUAAACUAAACCAUUUCAAUGAUCUCUCACACUGUGUUAUCGUUGUCUGUCUGUCAUACUUUUAACCAUUUUGUCUUCCUAUACUUGUUUUAUACUUUUGUUAAUUAUUAAUUCCCUUAAAUAAAAUUUAAGAACAUG